AUGAAGCUCUUUCUAUCUCUCUCUGUCACAGUACUAUUCUCCAACAUCGCUACAGGACUCGCUAUAAACGACGCCAACCCUCUCGUCGAAGCCAGAGACCCAAAACCAGCAGCGAAAAAAAGCGUACAGGGAUUUGUGCUAAAAGAGCCACAAUCACCAGUGCCAAAUUUGCGAAAGUCCGAAAUGGUCAAAUUUCUGGAUUCCCUUGGGGAGAUUGCCCUUCCUCGCGUCGUUGACUUUAGAGGUAAGCGGAGCAACAACAAUUUCGACGCCCGUGGCAACUUCGAAAUCUCAGCAAAAGACCACCUUGUGAUUCCUGAGAUAGAUUAUGAAGGUUUCGCGCGUAAGAGAGCAGGUGGUGUGCCUGUCAAGACGAAGAAAGUCGACGCUGCAGAAAUUGAGGACUUCAUGCGUCGUUGGGAAACUGAUUUUAAGAAAGAAAAAUGA